AUUAUUGUAUUAGAUAUAAGAGACUUUUUAGUAGCGAAAUUAAGAUAAGAAGGGAAGAAAUGAAUACGAAAAACCUGUUAUAACUUUGUAAAAAAUCUACAAAAAUGGACAGAAAAAUGUAAUUAAAGUAUUCAGCAUUAUUACUAUUAUUAUUAUUAUUAAUAUUUAAAUGUAAAAAAAGGUGAAUUUUUAAAUUUAUUUUAUUCAAAAAACAAAAAAAAACAGGACUUAAUUUUUUGACGCUUGUAUUGAUAAAUAUAAAAAUGUUGCAACGUUUUGCAACUCUAUCAUAAUGGCAAAUAAAAGAAUUUCAGUACGUAAAAGUUUAUUAAAAUUUAUUUAUCAUUUUAAAACAGGAAAAAAUUCAAGAAAAUGAUUAACAGGCAUAUCGAAAUUCGAAACCGUUGGUUUAAAACAAUAGUGUCUGUUACAAUACGUAUUGUAUCCUGUCCACACACACACACACACACACAGACAAGUGAGGAAGUUCCCAGCCUGCGUGGCAUUACUGGUGUAUCGUUUAAUUAAUAAAUUAGACGGGACGACGCCGUUUAAAGCUCAUAAAACAUCAAAGACAUAUUUUGUACUGCUUGUUUUUCACCGGCUUAUUUUUCUUCCUUACGCCUGUGUGUGUGUGUAUAUAUAUAUAUAUAUAUUUAUCAGCGAACUUCCGUUAAGUGAGAGCGUCGAGUCAAAAAAUGAGUGGUGAUAUUUGGUCAGAGGAGGACGAUACGGUUAACACUACAAAUGUACCACUUAUCAGGGAGAAACAAGGGCUGAUGCACUUUGCAGCCUUCUGCGUUAUCGUCAUUAUCAUCGUUGGAAUUACUGGAAAUUUAUUGACAAUUAUCGCAUUGUUGAGAUGCCCACGUGUUAGAAGCGCAACCGCCACUUUCAUCAUCAGUUUGUGCCUGGCCGAUUUCUUAUUUUGUUCCAUUAAUCUGCCUUUCAGCGCUUCCAGAUUUAUACACCAAAAAUGGAUACACGGCGAUACUCUGUGCGUACUUUUCCCAUUUCUGAGAUACGCCAACGUGGGUUUGUCUCUCUUAUCCAUAACUGCCAUCACCGUUAACAGAUACAUAUUGAUAUCCCAUCAGCAUCUGUACGAUAAGAUAUACAGAAAGCGUUACAUAGCCCUGAUGAUCGUAUUCGUUUGGACUUUUUCUAUUGUUAUGCUCUUUCCUACUCUGUUAGGUAAAUGGGGACGAUUCGGUUACGAUCCCACCAUUCUUAAUUGUUCGAUUUUAGAGAAAGAUGGCAAAUCUCCCAAGACUUUUCUCUUCGUUUUGGGAUUCGUCAUACCUUGUAUUGCCAUCGUUGUCUGUUACGCUCGCAUAUUUUGGGUAGUUCGAAGUAGCCAACAGAGAAUGAGAAUACACAGCGAGACCAAAGAACAGCAGAGAAAUCGCGAGAUGAAGCAGAAGAAAGACGAAUGGAGAAUUACUAAAAUGGUCCUUUUCAUAUUCUGUUCGUUUCUGCUCUGUUAUCUGCCCAUAACUAUUGUUAAAGUGGCCGACAAGAACGUUCGUUAUCCCGAAUUACACAUCAUAGGAUAUAUCCUGAUAUACCUGAGUGCGUGCAUUAAUCCUAUAAUCUAUGGUGUGACCAACAAACAGUACCGUCAAGCUUACAAGACUGUACUUCUGUGUAGACGUCCUCGAACUCUCAGCGUCAGUGGUACAAACUGUCCGGCUCAACAAAUGGACAAUUGUGGUACACGUACCAUGAUUUCCAUGGUAGUUUCCCAGUCGGGACUCGAAGGUGAUUCCGUUUUUGAAGAUGACAAACUGUAAGUUGGCAUAGGAAAGCGUGUGAUGACCCCCACUUUGCAGAUGUGGAUUGCGGCACUUUGAAGCCUUAAUGGUACUGGAGUGGUCCCGUAAAACGUCGUUUACUUCGGAUUAUUUUUAAAUAUCCGAGUCGAGAGGUCAGAGAUGGACCCUGAUGACCUCUGAACGUACUCCCGUUACGGGUAUUUCUAAACUUCCAUAAAUAGAGAACGGUUUAUUGAACGAAACAAACGUUUCAUUGACGCGCUACAACUUUAGAAACGCUAUUAAAUAUCUUUAUAACUUUUAAUUGAUGUCUUAAACGUAUCAAAUAGAUCUAUCCUGAAAUUAGAUUACUUUAAAACUGUCGUAUCUGUAUCAUAACUAAAUCAGUGUACAGCUAAAGGUGAAAUUAAUUAAAAUAUUGUAUCCUAAGUCAAAAAAAAAAUCAUCUUUUAAAAUAACUCAGUAAUAACUUCAUGUUAAUAAUAAUAAUAAAAGAUCAUUUUCUUCUGAUAAUUCAUGUAUUUCUAAUAAAGAUAUUCUUUCCUACAACUUAGAAAUUAACUUUGUAAAAUUCAAAAUGGUUGUUUUCUCAGAUCUUAUAAAAACGAGAUAAAAUAUAAAAAUUAUAAUAGAUUUA